AUGUAAAUUAGAGAUUAUCUACAAGAAGAUUCUUACUCGGAGAGCUUAAGGAAAUUUAAAAAGGGAUAAAUAUCGAAGAAGAGUAAUAUCAAGAAGCUUAAGGAGAGCCAAAGCAAAUUUGAUAUACAAUUUAUCCUAAUCCUCAUCAAAGAGAGGGAAGUUAUGAAUUUAAUUCAUGAAUUGAGGAGAGAUGAGUAGUUCUAGAAAAUUUAGAGAGCAGACUUGUUUUAAGGCAUUACUAAGGAUGAAAAAAUUAUUGAAUAAGAUCUAGUAAAUUUUAUGAAAAAAUACUACCCUACUGGAAUGAUAAACUAAGGAUGCCAACAAUUGCUAAUUAGAAUAGAUUAAAAUCACGAUGGAUUAAUAACAUAUUAAGAUUUCUAUAACUUUAUGAAUGACAGUGAAAACGAUUAGGCGAUAACAAAAAACACUUCAUAAAUAUUUGAUGACAUCAGCCACAUAAAUCAAAUUGGAAAUAAUUCUAAUUUAGGAUCAAUAUACUCAUAGUAAGAAGAAAUUAGUAAAUUCGCUCCACUAAGAUUAGUAAAUCAUUCUAUAAUAAAUCAAAGCAACUAAAAACCAUAAACAUAAUCUCACCUUAACCCAUAUUCCCCUCCUCUAAGGUUAAAAGUAAAAGAUCUUAAUCCUUAAAUAUAAGGAACAACUUAGACUAAUUUUAAACAAAAGUAAGCUUCUCCUACCAAUUCAGAUUAGUAGUUUUAAAUACAAAUAAAUGACUUUAAAAUUAAAAAUCCAAAGCCAGACACCAGAAGAAAACUAUUUCUAGACUCUAAUGGGAAAAGUAAAGAUCUACAAGAAUAUGAUUAAUUACUGUCAAAGUAACAAGAGCCCUUAAACAAAAUGCAAAUUGAUAAUUUUAAUAGAAGAGCAGAGAUCAUAGAAAAUAGCUUGAAAGUACAGAGUGAUUACAAUAAAAAUGCUGUAAGCUAAUCUGAAUAUGAAGAGGAUUAGUAAUAAUAUUUAAUCACUAAAGAAUAGGAGGAAUUUCAGAGUUCAAAUCAAGAUGAUAUCGAGAUACCAAUGAAUGAAAAGCUGUUUGAAGCUCUGGAUUACAGAGAAAGCUCUUAGGAUUCUAGAGUGUUCUUCUCUCAACAACAUAGCAUAUCGAGCUAAGAUUUUGACUUCAAAAUUUUGAUUUCAGAGUUUACAGAUUAUAUAAAAGAAGUAGUUUAGAGUGAAAAAGACUUGGAUACUUAUAGAAUAUCGCUUCUAUAACAAAAUGACUUUGACAUUGUAGAGUGCUUUAAAUUUCUUGAUAUUUAUUAGCAGGGUAUACUAUGCUAUUAGACAUUGAAAGAUUUCUUUAGUUAAACCUUUAAAAUGAUACUCUCAGAAAGAGAGUUAUCUCUUCUUUUAAAUAAUUACAGCAAGAUAAAAGACGGUAAAGGCAUCAGAUUCUCAGACCUAUGCGAAAUAUUCGCACCUAAAAACCCACCAAAGCACAUUAAAAAGUUAAUAAAGGAGAAAUUUGAUCAGAUUCCUGGAAAUCAAAGUUUCAAUCAAGAGAUAAUAAGAGAUAUCAAGAUAUUAUUCUAAAAAUUAAUAUAGAAAGAAAUGGACCUAGAGAUGAUAAGAUAUAGGAUAAAUUCCAUUGAUUAUUCCUCCUAGAAUAUAGAUCCAUUCAACCAACUUUCUAAAAUGCUUAAUGUUAAUGAAAAAUCUGGGAAAAUUGAAUAAUGUAAGUUAGUUGAGUUGCUGGAGGAUAAAAAAAGUAUCAAUUUAUCAAGCAAAGAUCUGAAAAUAAUCUAUUCAAAAUUUGAUAAAGACCGAAAAGGUCAUAUAAGUAUGAUAGAUUUAAAGGAGGAGUUGAAGACAUAAACUUAUUGA